UCUGUUCUGUUCGGUUGUCAACAAGCGGGUGGUAAACAGUCGAAUUAGCGCUUUCUAAGAUUGCUUAUCAAUUAAACGAACGCCGAUUUGGGGGGCAGAGGGUGCCGGGGCCAAUGUCGCCACUGGACAAAUACAAGACACAUCAACAUCACUAAGGGGGCCACAUAAAUCAACCGAAAAUCAGAUUCGCCGGAGCAGCAAGAAGCAGAGAGCACAGCUAAGAAGCUUGAGAUUGGAUUGGAUUGGAUUUGGAUCUAUUUCGAAACGAGUGCUUUGCCGGAGUUCUCGGUUACAUAAUCAUGCGCUUGCUGAGGCGCAGCUGGGCGGGAUUGCUCCACCAGAGGCAUCGUCUGCUCACAACCAUCAAUGCGCGGCGGAGCAAUGGGGAAGGGGAAAGGGAGAAGGAAAAGGAGGAGCAGCAGCGACAAAAGUGGACCCAUAUGGGCAGCAGAACCGAGCAAAUGCUGUAUGCCGCCUUUUGGGCAGGUGGUCUGACUUUGGGCUACCACUGGCUGAGCCAUCGGAGCAACAUCACCCAAGUGCUGCUCCAGGAGCAGAAAGGGGAGCAGAAGGAGGAGCAACAGGAGGCAGUGGCUCGACUCUGGCAUGUCACUCUCCGCCCGGAACUGCCCACCUACAAGGUUGACCAAGUGGAGCAGCACAAUUGCCGGGAGAAUGGCAUUUGGGUGACCUACGGCCUGGGCGUCUACGAUGUUACGGACUUUGCCGACAAUCAUCCGGGUGGCGACAAGAUCCUCAUGGCCGCCGGCAGUGCCAUCGAUCCGUUUUGGGCCAUCUACCAGCAGCACAACACGCUGGAGGUGCUCGAACUUCUCGAGGGCUUUCGCAUUGGCAAUCUGGAGGGUCCACUGGUGGCCAGUGUGGACGAUGAGCUGGGCUCACCAUGGGCCCAGGAGCCGCCACGCCAUGCCCUGCUCAAGCCCGCCUCCAAGAGGCCCUUCAACGCGGAGCCACCAAUUGGCCUCCUCGCCGAGCACUUCUACACGCCCAACGAGCUGUUCUAUGUGCGCAACCACCUGCCGGUGCCGGUGAUUUCGACCGAGGACUACGAACUGGAGAUCGAGGGUGGCGGAAAGGAGCAGACUCUAAGUCUGGAGAGGAUCAAGGCCCUGCCCAAGCACUCGGUGACGGCGGCCAUCAUGUGCGGUGGCAAUCGUCGCUCCGAGAUGACCAAAGUCAAGGCCGUAAAGGGACUUUCUUGGGGCGCUGGAGCCGUGGGCAAUGCCAAGUGGUCGGGCGCCCGACUCUGCGAUCUUCUGCGGCAGCAGGGUGUCCAGCCGGACGAGGCCAAGCAUGUGAUCUUCGAGGGCGCCGAUCUGGAUCCCACGUCGCAUCCGUACGGGGCAUCCAUACCGCUGGCCAAGGCACUGGAUCCACGCGGCGACGUGAUCCUGGCCUACGAGAUGAACGACGAGCCGCUGAGUCGGGACCACGGCUAUCCCAUUCGGGUGAUUGUGCCCGGCACCGUGGGCGCCCGCAAUGUCAAGUGGCUGACGAGGAUCGUGGUGGCGGACCGGGAAUCGGACUCGCACUGGCAGCAGAACGACUACAAGGGCUUCAGUCCCAGCACGGACUGGGACACGGUGGACUUUGGCAAGUCGGAGGCCAUCCAGGCCAUGCCGGUCACCUCGGCCAUCUGCACGCCACAGCCGGGAUCGCGGGUGAAGGUGGAGGAGGACGAGGCCAAGGGCGAGGGACACAUCACGGUGCGGGGAUACGCGUGGAGCGGCGGCGGUCGGAAGAUAGUGCGCGUGGACCUAACCAACGACGAGGGACUGAGCUGGCACGUGGCCGAGCUGGAGCAGGAGGACAGUCCGGAUGGCAGGCACUACGGCUGGUCGCUGUGGACAGCCCGCCUGCCCGUUUCGCAGGCCCAGAGGCGCGCCGGAGAUGUGGAGAUCUGGGCCAAGGCCGUCGACUCGGCGUACAAUGUGCAGCCGGAGAAGUUCGAGCACAUAUGGAAUCUGCGCGGUGUCUUGGCCAAUGCCUAUCACAAAGUCAAAGUGAAGAUUGUUUAGGCUCAACGAGGAGCCCCGAAGAUCAAACAAAUAAAGAAAAGACAACCUA